AUAUUGAUCGAAGAUAAGAUAGUCCCUUACCAAAAAUGUCUCGCUUGCCGUCUUUCCUAGUUCUUUGCUGUUUCAUUGGUUGUAUUCAGGGAGCAAAUAUAGAACUUGAUGAUGAAGAAAACAACGUUAACGUAAUUCAAACUCUUUUACAAAGACUGGACAAACACGAACAACGAAUCCGGGCGUUGGAGGUUACCGACAGAAACAUGAGGCGUGAAAUAAAUCAACUCCAUUUUGUUGUGCGGAAGAAGGACUCUUAUCUUUUGAGACUAAAGACUUUGCUGACGAAACGAAAUUAUAAAACUAAUUCUUCGGAAAAGUUUGCUUACGGUGAAGAAUUUUAUAAAAGUGGCACUGGGUAUGUGAUUGAUACUGUCGAAGAACAUGGAAAUAGCUUACAGGAAAAACGGCUUUCAAAAAACGAAGAGCCUCCGAUAUCAAUUGAGGAUUCCAAAAGAGUGAUAGCUUCACCUGACGGGAUCUGGUUUCAGUGGUCAAUUGUUCUUCUGACUAUCUAUAAUUCUAUAAAUGUUUCAGCAGUUCCCCAUAUAUGUCAUACAUGUAGUCACGUGAAAGAUUUUGCAUCCUGUCAACAGAACGUCCGAAUUUGUCAGCAAGGAGAGAUUUGUUUUACAUCACAAAGCUUUCAUCACGAUGGUUACCUGGUCUACAGUUCGGGCUGCGUGUCUAAACAGACAUGUGAUACUUUGAGUAGUCUUGAUGGGCGAAGCACACACUCACCAGUGCAAUAUGGUAACAUCAUUGGCAAAAGAAAACGAGUAACGAACACAUGCUUCCGGUGCUGUGCAAAUGAAGGAACUGUCUACCGCCCAUGUAAUGCUAAUCCUUGCAGCAUUCAAGUCAAGCCGACGUCUAAAAUUACUAUGUCCCAAAACGUUUCGAGCUUGUCUACAACAUCGAAGACACCCACCAUGACGAAUGCUGUUACCACAACAACCACUUCCACUAAAAGCUCGACCACAACUACACAUAAAACAACAAUCACGCCCACUACGACCACGCCCACAUCAACCACUCCCACCUCGACAACAACCAGACACACCACAACAGCUGCUACACAAUCCUGUUACCAGUGCAACGGAAUGCCUAUUUAUAUAUGUGAAAUGGUUUACAAGCCGUUACUAUGUGACAGUCCUGAUAAACAAUUCUGUAUGAAUGUCUUGGUUAACAACAAAGAUGGUUCCAGGACACUACAGAGAAGGUGUGCUACGGAGCAGGAGUGCAAGCGAGAGUGGUGGUACAACACAUCUGACAGAACAGAAUGUACUGGCUAUGACCCAAACCGUUUCUCAACGUCUUAUUUCCAGUGCACAUAUUGUUGCACCGGCUCACUAUGCAACAAAGAGGUCGUUCCAAAAGAUUUAUAUGUUCCAAAUAUCCAUCAAUAAAUCCCAGGAAUUUUAAUACAAAAA